UCCUUAACUAUCAGCGACAUCGGACGUAAAAAUAAAAUUUUUGAUAAACCACAAGAAAUUUAUAGCAGCUGAUUUAACAUUGAUGAAAUUCUUUUUCGUUCGCGUACAUUUACUUCUAUAAUUUUUAACAUGACAGAUGAGGAUGUAAAGAAAGUGGAGAAAAAGGUCGGGAAGACCGAGAAAAAGGCGAGGAAGGAGCCUAAAGAUGCAUCCAAGAAUGUCAUGCGAGAAGUUCACAUUCGUAAACUCUGUUUAAACAUUUGUGUAGGGGAAUCUGGUGAUAGGCUUACUCGUGCUGCAAAGGUAUUGGAACAACUAACUGGACAGCAACCUGUCUUUUCUAAAGCAAGAUACACUGUUCGUUCCUUUGGUAUUCGUCGUAAUGAAAAAAUUGCGGUACAUUGCACAGUUCGAGGUGCUAAAGCAGAAGAGAUUCUGGAACGUGGAUUGAAGGUUCGGGAAUACGAAUUGAGGAAAGAGAAUUUCUCUGGUACUGGAAACUUUGGUUUUGGUAUUCAAGAACACAUUGACUUAGGAAUCAAAUAUGAUCCCAGCAUUGGUAUUUAUGGUUUGGAUUUCUACGUUGUACUUGGACGCCCCGGUUUUAACGUAGCUCAUAGAAGGAGAAAAACUGGAAAAGUCGGUUUCCAACACAGGCUUACCAAAGAAGAUGCAAUGAAAUGGUUCCAGCAGAAAUAUGAUGGUAUUAUUAUAGCUGGAAAGAAGUAAUACACAUACUUUGUAUUAUACAAUUCUUCCAUAAAAAAUCUGAAAAUAAAUUAUCUGUUGUUUAAUAAA